AUGCAAGGCUGGACGGCCAUCGACCGCCUGCACAAAGUGCGAGUUUCGACUCUCGUCAUCAACGGUCGCAUGGACAUGGCACAAGACUUCGUUGUCGCGCCCUUCUUCGAGAAGAUCAACAAGGUCAAGUGGAUCACUUUUGAGAAGUCGAGUCACUGCCCGUUCUGGGAGGAACGGGAACGAUAUAUGAACAUUCUCGACGAGUUCCUGAAGUUGCUUGAAGGCGGCGACGAACCGGAGAAGGUCGGAUUACUAUCUAUCUUUGACUUCGCGCAUAGUAUCGGGCAAAUCAUAGGUCGCAUAGGGAACUUGUAG